AUGCGAGGCGCAUGCCAGGGGUGGCUCAGUGGAGCAGAUGAGGGAGAUGAUGGAGAAGUACUGCAUAGAAAUGAAAUCAGUUUAGUGACGGGUGGGUCUGUGAGUCCACACUCACACAAUGUCGUUAUCUCUCGCUCUGUGUGCAGAGAUGCGCCGCAUCGUGACUGAGUGCCCGCCCACAGAGGCGCCAGUGCCGGCAGCAGCAGGUGACAAUGACACGUACAGGUAACGGACCAUACAUGUGCCACUGUGCGUGUGCACACUUUUGUCCAGAUCGGUCCGGCGAGUCGCUGUCGCCAUUCGACCUAGGCUCGCCAUUCAGCAUGCCGUUCGGCACACCUUUCGACACGGACGGCCCGGCUGUCAUCAUCAUGUCGUGA